ACCGAUUGAGUGGCCGCCCCGUCCUUUUCCUCAAGUCAGCGCCCCUAAUAAAAACAUGGGUCGCUCCCAUAACUUUCGCUAUAUAUUGUAUGCACCAAUCAGAGAGAUGGAUCAGUGAACAUCUUGGGGACUUGUUCUUGGACUCCUGUCUUGUUUCUCGACCUCGGCUUCACCAAAAGUCCAACAGUAGUCCGAAGAAAGAAGAUAUAUAUUGAGGUGAGGAAGAAAAGAUAGAGAGGAAGAAGAAAGGAAGAUGGGGAGGCCGCCUUGCUGUGACAAAGCGGGUGUCAAGAAGGGUCCGUGGACCCCUGAGGAAGACAUACUACUCGUCUCUUACAUUCAAGAACACGGCCCCGGCAACUGGAAAUCUGUUCCUACUCAUACCGGGUUGCUUAGGUGCAGCAAGAGUUGCAGGCUCCGGUGGACGAACUACCUCAGGCCGGGGAUCAAGCGCGGAGACUUCACGGACCAUGAGGAGAAGAUGAUCAUCCACCUCCAGGCUCUUCUUGGGAACCGCUGGGCUGCAAUAGCAUCUUAUCUUCCGCAGAGGACUGACAAUGACAUCAAGAACUUCUGGAACACCCAUUUGAAGAAGAAACUCGGGAAGCUGCAAUCACCCAGCGGAUCCGACGAUGCCUUGGCUAGCAAUUCCAAGACAAUGUCGACAAGAGACCGAUGGGAAAGAAGGCUUCAGGCCGAUAUCCAGACAGCCAAACAAGCCUUAAGCGAAGCCCUAUCCCCUGAGAAACAGGACCUUAUUUCGGACUUGAGAACUUUUUCAGUAAUUGCUCCUAAGAAACCUGCCCAGGCACCAACCUAUGCCUCCAGCACUGAGAACAUUGCUAGGUUGCUCAAAGGAUGGACCAAGAAGUCGCUCCCGAGGCCCACCCGACCUAUUCCAUCCGACCCGGCAGCCCGUCGUGCUUCCGGCAGCAAAGAUGGGUCAGAGUCGUCCUUCAGCGAAGGCACUCUGAGCACCACUGCUGCCGCCAACUGUUACAAGAGUGAAACUGAAGUCCUGUCCUGCAGUGGGGGAUUGGAACCGUUUCUUGGGUUAGAACCAUUUGGGCCCACGAGUAGUUCCGAUUUUUCUAAUUCGGCAUCGGGAGAAAUGAGCCCGAAUUAUCUCCAGAACGAGACCAAACCGGGUCCAAGUUUGCUGGAGCAGCUGCCGUGGUCAUUGCUCGAGAAGUGGCUGUUCGAUGAAAGCUUAUACGGGAAAGAUCUCCAGCUUAGUGAACUCUUGCUGGAUGAAGAUGCUAAUUUCUUCUAGCUGCUAGCGUUCUGGAAUUUUUUUGGGGCUCGAUCUUUUGAGUUAUUUUGUAUUAGAUCGGGGUCCUACGAAAUUAACUUAACGGAAAAUGAGUAUGAGUUGAAAAGCUAGUUAUUAGCUAAAAUGAUAUAUCAAAUGGUCUGAUUCAGUAAUUAAUAAAUGGUUGUGAACGAUUCGCUCUAAAACAUAUAUAUGCAUGAAACGAAACAUAUAUAUGGCAUAUAUGUAACAUGUUUGAAUUGAA